GAGAGACGUCAUUAUGACGAUCGUUAUCUAUGACGUCAUAAUCAUUGUUGUUGCUACAACGAAGAAGAAAGAUGGAGAAGAAUAAUCAAACUCAGAGCGAGAGGAGAACGAGAAGACGGACUGUUGAGCAGGUCCAGAGGGAUUUAUUGAAGGACUUAGUGGCUCAUGUGAACAAGUCAGGAAAUCUAAAGACCAUUCAUGAGAGACAUUCUAAUCUGAACGUCUUCAUGCCAUCUUGGGCCAAGAGAGACGGCAAAUCGCCACUUCAAAGCAAAGCUCCCAUGACUCAACAAGAUUCUCGAGCAAGCCUAGUCGCCGUAGACCGGGGAGAAGAAAUCAAAAAUGACAAUCAUGGAGCUGAGAGAGAUGUACACAGAGAACGCAUGCGUCAAGUUUUAAAGGAGCUACUGGACCAACAAAAGAAAGUUCACAGUGAAAAGGAACGAAAAUUUAUGGAAUUUCAAAAAGAAAAAGAAAGGAGAGAGAUUGUUAUGAAGGAAUUAUUGACGUUUCAUGCUCAGCAGCAGGUUAAAAAGUACAAACAACAGAUGAUUGGAGUGUUUGAAGAGCUAAUGACUUUUCAUGCUCUGCAAAGAACUAAACAGAUCAGUGAGAGAAUGCGUGACAUUUUUGCAGAACUAAUGACGUUUCACGCUCAACAGAAAGAACAGAAGAGCAAGGAGAGAAUGAUGUUAGUGUUUGCCGAGCUACUGCAAACUAACUCCGAAAAGAAAAAGUUAAAACUUUUGGAGGAGGAGGAGUUUGUACCAAGAAAACUGUUCUUGUUCAACAUCAGCACAUUUAAAUCAAGCGACGACCAUCCACUCCAGGAGCCGAGUUAUCCAGACUUAUCUUGCCCCGUGGCAUCAUCCCAACUUGCACCACCCCAGGAAUCCCUAGAUGCUAAGGCUGUUGUUGAUGGUGAAAAUGACGACGAGGAAGUGGACAAAAUGGAGACUCAAUCAAAGAAGAAGAAAAAGGGUGGACUGAGGAAAAGAGUGUUAAGAUUUUUUGGAUUGAAAUAGACAUUGAACACCACUGUGCAUUGGAUUUAUUGUGUUGUUAAAUUUCUAUAUUGCAUGUCGGCUACCUCUGUAGCUUGCUUUUAAUGUCAACUUUUAAAAUACACAAUUUA